AUGUUCUCCGCGCUCAAGAAGCUGGUGGGGUCGGAGCAGGCGCCGGGCCGCGACAGGAACAUCCCGGCCGGGCUGCAGUCCAUGAACCAGGCGCUGCAGAGGCGCUUCGCCAAGGGGGUGCAGUACAACAUGAAGAUCGUGAUCCGCGGGGACAGGAACACGGGCAAGACGGCGCUCUGGCACCGGCUGCAGGGCAAGAAGUUCGUGGAGGAGUACAUCCCCACGCAGGAGAUCCAGGUCACCAGCAUCCACUGGAGCUACAAAACCACUGACGACAUCGUGAAAGUUGAAGUCUGGGAUGUAGUUGACAAAGGAAAAUGCAAGAAGCGAGGCGACGGCUUGAAGAUGGAGAAUGACCCCCAGGAGGCGGAGUCUGAGAUGGCCCUGGACGCCGAGUUCCUGGACGUGUACAAGAACUGCAACGGGGUGGUCAUGAUGUUUGACAUCACCAAGCAGUGGACCUUCAACUACAUUCUGCGGGAGCUGCCCAAGGUGCCGACCCACGUGCCCGUGUGCGUGCUGGGGAACUAUCGCGACAUGGGCGAGCACCGCGUCAUCCUGCCUGAUGACGUGCGCGACGUCCUCGACCACCUGGACAGGCCCCCAGGAUCCUCUUACUUUCGCUACGCCGAGUCCUCCAUGAAGAACAGCUUCGGCCUCAAGUACCUGCACCGGUUCUUCAACAUCCCCUUCCUGCAGCUUCAGAGGGAGACGCUGCUGCGGCAGCUGGAGACGAACCAGCUGGACAUCGACGCCACGCUGGAGGAGCUGUCCGUGCAGCAGGAGACCGAGGACCAGAACUAUGACAUCUUCCUGGAGAUGAUGGAGGCGCGCAGCCGUGGCCACGCGUCCCCACUGACCACCAACGGACAGAGCCCGUCCUCUGGCUCCCAGUCCCCCGUGGUACCUCUGAGCGCAGUGUCCACGGGGAGCUCCAGCCCUAGCACGCCCCAGCCAGCUCCACAGGCGCCCCCAGCGCCCCCUGCCCCAGCUGAGGCCCCACCCCCACCAGCCGCACCUCCCCGACGCGGCAUCAUCGCUCGGCUGUUCGGGGCUGCGCCGGCAACCGAGGCGGCGCCCCCACCCCCAGAGCCAGCCCCAGCCACAGAGGCCCCGGCAAAAGUCCAGAACGUGGAGGACUUCGUUCCUGAAGACAGCCUGGACCGCAGCUUCCUGGAGGACACAGCCCCCGCCAAGGACGAGAAAAGACUGGGAGCCAGGGGCCCCCUGGACAGCGACAGCGAUGGGGAGACCCCGGCAGGGAACCCGAUGGUGGCAGGUUUCCAGGACGACGUGGACCUUGAAGAUAAGCCUCCCAGCAGGCCCCUGCCACCCACGGGCUGUGCCCCCAGCGAGGACAUCACUCUGUCCAGCGAGGAGGAGGCAGAGGAGGGGGCAGGGCACCCCAAGGCCGCAGUCCUAGCCCCCCAGAAGUGCCCUGAGCCAGAGACCAGACGGUGUGUGGGGGCGGAAGGGAAGAGCUACGGAGGAGGGAAGGCAGGAAGCCACCUGGGCUCCCUGACGCUCCUCGGGGUCCUCAGGUCCUCCACCAAGGCUGCGGGGCCACCCCGGGACGCGGCUCCCCAGGCGGCAGAGCCCCGCCGGCCGGGCGGCACCAAGGCCCGCCCUGAGGGACCUUCUCGCGGGCUGGAGGAGGGCACGGACCAGGCAGCGUCGUCAGAGAGUGACACAGAGGGGCCCAUCGCUGCCCAGAUGCUGUCCUUCGUCAUGGACGACCCAGAUUUUGAGAGCGACUCAGACGCUCAGCGGAGAGCGGGUGAGUUCCCCGUUCGAGAGGACCUGUCCGACCUGACUGAUGAGGAAGCUGGCCCCAUGCAGCCCCCCGCACCCCCCAAGCCCCUGGCCCCCUCCUUCAGACUGAAGGAUGACUCUGACCUCUUCGGGCUGGGGCUGGAAGAGCCAGGCCACAAGGACAGCAGCGAGGAAGAUAAGGAGGGCAGGCCCCCCGUGAAGGAGAAGAAGAAGAAGAAGAAAAAGGGCAAAGAGGAGGAAGACAAGGCGGCAAAGAAGAGGAGCAAGCAUAAGAAGACCCGGGAGCGGGCGGACAACAAGGGCAGGGACGAGCGCCGGCGGCAGCCCCGGGGCCCGCAGAGAACGGCCCUGGACGAGCUGGAGGCCUUCUUGGGCGGCGGGGCGCCCGGUGGCCCCCUCCGCGGUGGCGGCGACUACGAGGCGCUCUAG